UUUGCUUCCAAGAACAAACAUGCCGAUCAUCUCCAUCAAAGCGCGCCAAAUCUUUGACUCCCGUGGUAACCCCACCGUGGAAGUCGACCUCGUGACCGAACACGGGUUGUUCCGCGCCGCUGUGCCCUCUGGUGCGUCCACGGGUGAGUUUGAAGCGUUGGAACUCCGCGACGGCGGCAAGGCGUACCUCGGCAAGGGAGUGUCCAAGGCCGUGAACAACGUCAACUCGAUCAUUGCCCCUGCCCUUAUCGGCAAGGACGAAAAGAACCAACAGGAACUCGACGUGUACAUGGUGGAAACCCUCGAUGGCACGAAGAACGAAUGGGGCUGGUGCAAGAAGAAGCUCGGCGCCAACUCGAUCUUGGCCGUGUCCCUCGCCGUGUGCAAGGCCGGUGCCGCCGCCAAGGGCGUGCCGUUGUGGCAACACAUUGCCGACUUGGCCGGCAACCCUACCCCCUGUCUUCCCGUGCCUUCGUUCAACAUCAUCAACGGCGGUUCGCAUGCCGGCAACAAGUUGGCCAUGCAGGAAUUCAUGAUCUUGCCUACUGGCGCCACCAGCUUCACGGAAUCCAUGCAAAUCGGCACGGAAGUCUACCACACGUUGAAGAAGGUGAUCAACAAGCGUUACGGUUUGGAUGCGACCGCCGUCGGUGACGAAGGCGGGUUCGCCCCCAACAUCCAAGAAAACGGCGAAGCCCUUCGUUUGAUUCAAGAAGCCAUUGAACUUGCCGGGUACACCGACAAGGUGAAGAUCGGCAUGGACGUUGCCGCGUCGGAAUUCUACACGGGCAAGGACGACGCCCGCUACAACUUGGACUUCAAGAACGAAAACGCCGCCGACACGGACAAGAUCUCGGCAGAUGCGUUGAUCGCCGUGUACCAGUCGUUCAUUGAACAAUGCAAGGACCACAGCCCCAUUGUGUCGAUCGAAGACCCGUUUGACCAAGACGACUGGGCGUCGUGGAAGAAGUUGACGGCUGUCGUCGGUGACCACGUCCAAAUCGUGGGCGACGACUUGACCGUGACCAACCCCACCCGCGUCAAGAAGGCCAUCGACGAAAAAGCGUGCAAUGCUCUGCUCCUCAAGGUCAACCAAAUCGGGUCGAUCUGGGAAUCCAUCGAAGCCGUGACCAUGUCCAAGAAGGCCGGCUGGGGCAUCAUGGCGUCCCACCGCAGCGGGGAAACCGAAGACUCGUUCAUUGCCGACUUGGCGGUCGGGCUGAGCGCGGGCCAGAUCAAGACUGGUGCGCCAUGCCGCUCGGAACGCUUGGCCAAGUACAACCAGUUGCUCCGCAUCGAAGAAGAGAUGGGCGACAAGGCCGUGUACGCCGGCAACAACUUUCGAAACGUGGACAAGUUGGGCAAAUACUCGACUUUUUAAAUUUUACUAACCAAAUAUAUCACUGCGACCCCUGUGUUUACUUCGUGAUCCUGCCUUUCUUCAUGGUCGUGGACUGCGAUUUGAAGGCAGAGUAAUGCUCCGUGCCGCCAUAUACCUUAGGAUUCGCGGAGAAGCAUGUCAUCAUGCCGCUCGACACGGGUUUCGGAGUGCCGUACGUAGAUAACCACUGCUUGAGGCUAUGGAUGUCCGUUUCUCGGCCACCUCCUCCUGUCGUAUGACUGGCAAGGCCUUUGGAGUGGUUGGCAAUCUCGACGUCGACUUGGUCGAUCUUUUGCUGGAGCUGCACAAUCAUCGUCUGCAGCUUGCGCAACUCGCCGUUCUUCACGACGGCUUUGACAACGUCGGGCUGUUCAAAGUACAUGAAGUACCCGGGCUUUUUCGAUGCCGAGAUCGCAGCCUCGAGGUUCUUGCACAUCUUACGGCUUGUCUCAUUGAGGCCACCAGGUCCGUUCAAUAUAGCGUUGAACUUGUCCGCGUUCUCCCGCUGUGCGCGUAGCAACUCUUCCUUCUUCUUCUGUAGCUCUUCCAUUGCCCAA